AUGGAGGGGGACGACCGGCUCCUCACACCAGAACUUGAAACUGGUGAAGUCCCCGGACGCAGCACGGCUACGUCGAAGUGGGCCGCCCGGAGCCUUGCUGUCGCGGCAGCGCUCCUGCUCACUGCCUUGGCAGCUUGCGGCUUCUUUGACACUAGCCAUGCAGAGGUCUCGAGUACCUUGGCAGAGGCAGACUUAGCUUCUACCGUCAUGGAAUUCGACCUCACCGGUAUGAAGACAGAGAAGUGUUGGCUAAACAAAUCAUUUUGGGUGGAAAAACCGGGAGUGUACCAAAUGAAGGGGACAUCGAAGACACAGCAGAUCAGCCCCGCUGCUUGCCAGCUCCUGUGUGCAUCGACAUACAAAUGCGAACAUUUUUCCUACUGGACCGAUGGUGCCUGUUUGCUGACAAGCUACUUGGCCUACCCCCAAGAGUACACGGGGCCGGAUGACAGCGGAGUCAUUUCGGGUCCACGUGUUUGCAAGGAGGUGAACAAUGGGCCAACAGACCAGUUCAGUGCUUCUGCACUGGGGCUGCCACAAUUUCGGGCCAAGCAGGCGCCUGGCUGUGGUAGCCUACACGACGACUACAAGCUCGCCUGGAGCGCAGAAGGCGAAACCUUCUUUGAUGGUUGGCAGUUUAUCAACAAGAGCGAGACGAGGGGUGCCGAGUGGUACCUGAACAAGACGGAAGCCUUUCAUCGAGGUGUGGUCUUUGCGUCAAAGGCUGGAGCCACGAUGCGUGUCGGGGAGCAGGUGCAGCCCUUUAAGCGCCGCUCAGUCAUGCUGCACUCUGCGCAAGCAUGGCGCCCAGACGUUGGCUUCAUUGUGGUCAUGAAGUACAAGCAUGUGCCAUACGGACCAGGAGUUUGGCCAGCAUUUUGGUUGGUGAACAGUGACACGAGCUGGCCCAAGGGUGGCGAGCUUGACAUCCUUGAAUAUGCGAACGAUGAAACAAACAAGGUGACUUUCCACACCGACAAGAGAUGCAAUCUUAAUGUGAAGAAAAUGUUGCAAUGCUCGGAGGACAUCAAAGACAUCGACCCGAAGAUGAUUGUCAGCUGCUACACCAAUUACAGCGGCAACGAAUUGGGCUGCUUGCCGCCACAAGUCCGAAAGACCGGUGAGUGGUACUCCAAGAAUCCGGGAGUUUUGGCUCUUUUGUGGGACGCCAGUGGAAUUAGCUACUUCCACAUUCCCGAGAGUGAGAUCCCUUCGGAUCUGUCCGCCAAUCAACCGCGACCAAACACUUGGAAGAGCGAGUGGCGAAUGGCCUUCAUGCCCUUUGACGAUGCGUCCUGCAUUGGCAUUGCGAGGCCGCAGGAGAUUGUGCUGAACAUAGCAAUCUGCGGCGACUGGGCUGGCAAUAGCUGGUGGGGCUGUGAAGAAUGCCGUGCGACCGGCUACGUGCCGGACUACUGCAUCCCGGGACAUGUGACCGAGCCAGCCACGGAUUGCUGCACGAUCUACGUCUCCAACCCCUCCGCAGAACAGCCCUUGAAGACAAAGGCGUUCUUUGAUAUUGACUAUGUGAAGGUCUUCGAGCCUGCAUCGUACGAUCUACCAGCAUACCCUGCUGGCACUUAUCGGAAUGGUGGUUUGUUCGGAACAGACAAAUAG